AUCAACCCAUUUAUUUCCUCCAUCCUACUUACACUACUAAUACUAACAACCCCUAUCAUAAUAUCAUUCACAAAUCUUUAUAAAACCGACAAAUAUCAACACUACGUAAAAAACAUAACUCUCUACGCUUUCAUUGCUAGUCUAACUCCAACAAUAAUAUUUAUCCACACAAACCAAGAAGCACUCAUUUCAAAUUGACACUGAAUAACCAUUCAAACCCUAAAAUUAUCCCUCAGCUUUAAAAUAGACUAUUUCUCACUUAUAUUCAUACCCGUAGCCCUAUUUAUCACAUGAUCUAUUAUAGAAUUCUCAACAUGAUAUAUACACUCAGACCCCUACAUUAACCAAUUCUUCAAGUACCUACUUAUUUUCCUCAUCACGAUACUCAUUCUCAUUACAGCUAACAACAUCUUCCAAUUAUUUAUUGGAUGAGAAGGAGUAGGCAUUAUAUCCUUUCUAUUAAUCAACUGAUGAUCUGCACGAACAGACGCCAACACGGCCGCCCUCCAAGCAAUCCUAUAUAACCGCAUUGGAGACAUCGGACUUCUCGUAUCAAUAGCGUGAUUCUUAUCAAACAUAAACACAUGAGACUUACAACAAAUCUUUAUACUUAACCAAAACCCUUCCAAUACUCCCCUUAUAGGACUUGUACUAGCUGCAACCGGAAAAUCAGCCCAAUUCGGACUACAUCCUUGACUUCCAUCAGCAAUAGAAGGGCCCACCCCCGUCUCAGCCCUACUCCACUCAAGCACAAUAGUUGUAGCCGGAAUCUUCCUACUUAUCCGCUUUCACCCCCUAAUAGAAAACAACGAACCAAUCUUAACAAUAAUCCUCUCUCUAGGAGCUAUUACCACCCUAUUCGCAGCCAUCUGUGCCCUAACCCAAAAUGACAUCAAAAAAAUUAUUGCUUUUUCCACCUCCAGUCAACUUGGCCUAAUAAUAAUAACAGUUGGUCUCAACCAACCCCACUUAGCAUUCCUACAUAUCUGUACACACGCCUUCUUUAAAGCCAUACUAUUCAUAUGUUCCGGCUCCAUCAUCCACAACCUAAACAACGAACAAGACAUCCGAAAAAUAGGAGGCUUGUACAAAAUACUUCCCUUCACCACAACCGCCCUCACCAUUGGCUGUCUCGCACUCACAGGGACCCCUUUUCUUACAGGAUUUUACUCCAAAGACCUCAUCAUUGAAGCCGCCACUUCGUCUUAUACCAACGCCUGAGCCCUAUUACUUAUGCUAACCUCAACUUCCUUCACAGCUAUCUAUAGCGCUCGCAUUAUCUUCUAUACCAUACUAGGACAACCCCGCUUCCCACCAUUCAUAAACAUCAAUGAACUCAACACCACAUCUAUUAACCCUAUCAAACGCUUACUAAUCGGAAGCAUUUUCGCCGGUUUCAUUCUUUCUCAAAACAUCCCCCCUAUAACCACCCCUUUAAUAACUAUACCCCUAUACUUAAAACUUACAGCCCUUACAAUAACAGCACUAGGCUUCAUUCUAGCACUCGAAAUCAACACCUAUACACAAAACCUAAAAUAUCCUUGCCCAUCAAAUUUCACUAAAUUCUCCACCCUACUAGGAUAUUUUCCCACAAUUAUACAUCGCCUACCCACUCACCUAAACCUAACUACAAACCAAAAACUAAUAACUUCCCUACUAGACCUAGCCUGAACAGAAAUUAUUAUACCAAAAACUAUAACCUCCAUACAAUUAAAAGCCUCUAUCCUAACCUCAAACCAAAAAGGCCUUAUCAAAUCCUACUUCCUAUCUUUCCUCAUCUCCCUCACCCUCAGCAUAAUCUUAUUUAAUUACUUCGAGUAA